AUGCUGCGGCCGCUUAUUCUCAACCUGGAUAAUUUCCAGAGGAUAAAAGAACUGGCAAUCAAUGAUGCCGCAGACCCAGCUGCUCGUAUCUUCUUCUUUGGGACACUGCUGGAACUUUGCAAGGUGGAUCUCCAUCUGAAGACUUUGCUGAAGCCAAUGGCUAAUCUGACCACAAAACAAGACUUUGCAAAUAUCUUCAAGAAUAUGUCUGACCUUGAGAACUUGGAUCUCUCUCGGUCAAAUAUUGAGGUGCCGAUGGACAUGAUAAAGUGGGAGGAGGCUGUCAACUUGCGACAUUUAAAUCUGCUGGAAAAUAUUAAAAUUAAUAGCGAACAACUUUCUAUGUUGGCUGGCUCGUGUCCUCAUAUUGUCAGUUUGAACCUUCAGUAUUGUAUCUCAUCUUUUCAAGCCGGCAAAAACACAUACCCACUUCAUGAGGAUCUGAAGGGUCUCCAAGCAUUGAUCUCUUCCUGCCGUCAUCUGACACAUCUGAAUCUUAGUGGAAUUCACUCCCAUUAUCUCCGCCAUAAUGAAACAACUAUCUGUGAUGCUCUUGCUGAACUCUCAGCAAGGACAUUUUAUUCUGUCAAAGUAUACUGGUAA